AUGAAUCCCUCCACUGCAUAUCGCAGCCCUGGAACACCUCCUAGCCACGACGAGGCGACUGAAUUGUUGCGAGUACGUGUCACGAAAGGUGAACGACUCGGUAAACGUGAUCUCUUCGGCGUCAUCAGUCCAUAUUGCGUAGUUCGGCUGGAGAAGUCUGAUGGCGAGCAAAUCGACGAAAUCACUCUCGAAAAGAAGAAAAAGACCAGAGAUCCCGUAUGGAACGCAAUCAUCACCCUACGUGUAACGCGACAGUGUUGCUUGAAGUUUCUCAUUUUCGAUGAAAACAAAAUCGUAAGCUUUGACCCAGUAUCGAUUUUAAACUUUGUAGCACCUAGUAUUCGAUUUUUUUUGCAAAAGAAACCUGUGAAGAUUAUUUUCAAGUCUUUCUUUUUUUCAGGAACAAACUCAUCUGUUUCAGGUUGGGAACAACGUGAAGAUGGAAAUGGUCGAACAUUCUAUGUUAAUCAUUUGCAACGAACUACUCACUGGGACAGACCAACGCAAAUGAAUGGAGUCUAUAAUGGACAAUUUCAGAUAGAUAAUGCAAUGCGUUCAAAUUUUGCUGGAGGGACUCAAACAAGUGAUGAAGGAGAAGACGAACCACUGCCAGAGGGGUGGGAUAUGCAAAUAGCUCCCAACGGGCGAACUUUUUUCAUCGAUCAUCGCACAAAAACCACUACCUGGUUGGAUCCACGUACAGGAAUAGCAGCAAGCAGACCGCAGUCCGGAAAGACGGAUGACGAAAUCGGCGCCUUACCAGAGGGAUGGGAGCAGAGAGUUCAUACCGACGGCCGAGUGUUUUUCAUUGACCACAAUAAUAGAAGAACUCAGUGGGAGGAUCCACGCUUCGAAAACGAAAGCAUUGCCGGUCCAGCGAUACCGUAUUCCCGAGACUAUAAACGAAAGGUUGAGUAUUUGCAUUCGAAGCUACCGCGUGCGGGUUCAAAUGGCAAAUGUGAUAUGAUUGUACAUAGGGAAACCCUUUUCGAGGAUUCCUACCGCCAUAUCAUGGAGAAAACACCGUCCGAACUACGUCAUAAACUAUGGAUUGAAUUUUUUGGCGAGACAGGACUCGACUAUGGUGGUGUAACACGUGAAUGGUUCUUCUUGCUGUCCCAUGAGAUCUUCAAUCCUUACUACGGUCUCUUUGAAUACUCUGCAACAGAUAACUAUACACUUCAAAUCAAUCCACAUUCGGGUGCGUGCAAUCCUGAUCAUCUUUCGUAUUUCUACUUUAUCGGAAAGGUGAUGGGAAUGGCAAUUUAUCAUGGGAAGUUACUAGAUGCAUUUUUCAUUCGACCAUUUUACAAAAUGAUGCUUGGAAAGAAAAUUACAUUGUUUGACAUGGAGUCUGUUGACAACGCCUAUUAUAACUCUCUAAUCUACAUAAAGGACAACGAUCCCGAAGAUCUCGAGCUCACUUUUGCCGUCGACGAUUGUGUGUUUGGUGAGACGCAAACUAUCGAAUUGGUAGAAAAUGGUCGUGAAAUGCGUGUGACAGAGGCCAACAAAGAGGAGUACAUUGAGGCAGUGGUGCCGAGUAAUUUGCUUCGAAUAUUCGAUGCCAACGAAAUGGAAUUACUUAUGUGUGGACUGCAGAAGAUUGAUGUUAAGGACUGGAAAGCACACACGGUUUACAAAGGUGGAUAUGGACCAAGUAGUCAGGUGAUUCAUAAUUUCUGGAAGUGCAUUCUUUCAUUCGAUAACGAAAUGCGCGCUCGGGUGUUGCAGUUUGUGUCAGGAACGUCGCGGGUACCUAUGAAUGGAUUUCGAGAGCUAUACGGUUCUAAUGGUCCACAGAAAUUCACCAUAGAGAAGUGGGGUAGUUCGGAUAUGCUUCCUCGUAAAAUGCUGUUUUGUAGUGUUUAUAAUGUUAUUUAUCCAUUUUUCAGUUUCAAUCGACUCGACCUACCACCAUAUCAGACAUUUUCCGAACUGAAGCAGAAGUUGUGCAUAGCUAUUGAGAACUCUGAAAUCUUUAGCGGUGUUGACUAG